GGACAAAAAAUAAAUAAAAUAAAAAAAAUGACCUGUCAUGUCAUUGGCCCAUAUAUAGGCCCUACAGUUAAUUGAAUCAUGUGGCAUGAUGUCGCUCUAUAUGAAGUACGUUGUCACAGUGGAAUCUGACUUUAACAGUAAAAAAAAUAAAAAUAAAAACAAAGGUGAUGUACAAUAGCACAUGACAGCUUGCUUGAUCUGACAUUUAUGAAAUGAGAAAGUAUUUUAACAUUUAGUUUAAAAUCUGCCAUCAUUAUAUAGUUAACCCUUGAUAAAAAAUAUAUUCUAACUUGAACUAGUAUUGGACUACUAGUGCUUGAUAGCAACAGCAGGGGGCACAACAUGCACAAACUAUCUUUCAACUGUAACUUGCUAUGUAUUUUUAAUUAAAAAAAAAAAAAACACUUUAUUUUUUAUAUGAAUUACAGGGAAAAGUUUAAUGAUCUCUGUUCUGAAUAUGUUGCCUAGUUGUGUGUUCCCUUAGUUGUUUAAACAAACAUUUUGUGUAUAAUUUCCUGCAGGGAAAAAUUUGUAUUCAAAUUUGUUAACAGCCCAAUGCUGUUAAUGGAAAAAAAUCAACAGACAAUGGCUGUGGAGUAACCUGCAAUACUGGUGAAAGACAUGUAACUGUUAGCGUGAGGGUCUAAAAAUACACAGGAAAUGCUGGUGAGACUUUUUUUGAGAUGAGAGGACAAGAGACUCUUUGGUGGAGGCAGUGGUUGUCAUUCACUAGAACAGAAAACCCAGGGCUAGGGCUACUUCCUGUUAGGUAAAAGUUGACACAGUAGAAGCAAUCAAAACAGAAAGGCUAAAAACUGCUGCACAUCACCUACAGGCCAAGCAACAGGAAGGAACAGCAUCCACAGAAAUAUUGUUUCAGGGAAUGUUAUGGAAAUGAGCAGGACAACCACUAUAUUGUUCUUGGUCACACAUGUGUCCUCUGCAGAGGCCUCUAUGAGCGACCCAACAAAUUGCUAUAUUUUAGAUGUUUUUCUCCUGCUGUAUUCUAUCAUUUUCACUGCUCUCUACUUCCGAGAGAAGUUUACAAAGGAAGGGCCUGUUCCUCCAGAGACUGCGACCCCGGCCCGUGACCCCAAUGAGCCUGUCUAUACAGACUUGGAUCUGCCUCAGAUGAGUUCCGAUUAUCAGCAACUGGACAGACCGAUUCGAAGACGGGAGCCAGAGACGCAUUAUCAGGAACUGAGAGGAGCAAGAAAUGAUGAAUACCAAGAAAUAAGACCUAAAGGAAACAAACCUCGCAAAGGCAAGAGCAAACCUGAUGAGGCUCGAACAGGGAGAAAAAGAGAUGCAGCAGAGGCUGUGGAGAUGGAAACUUUUCCCACAUCACACGAUUAACACACAGCACAAACCCAGGAGCAACUUUUAUAUUAUCUUCCAACUUACAGAUAAACUUGUGUAUCUUUGUUGGAUGCAUUUAUGUCUUGCUUUAUAUAUAUACACUGUUCAAAAUUUUGGGGUCAGUAAGAUUUUUAUUUUUCUAAAGAAAUGAAUAUAAUUCAGCAAGGAUGCAUUAAACUGAUUUUAAAAAAAAGUUACAUUUAUAAUGUUACAAAAGAUUUAGAUUUCAAUUUUUUUGUAAACAUACUAUUCAUCAAAGAAUCCUGAAAAAAUUUAUUAUGGUUUCCACAAAAAUAUUAAGCAGUGCAACCGUUUUCAAGUGUCAAUCUUGUGCAGCAAAUCAACAUAUUAGAAUGAUUUCUGAAGGAUCACGUGACACUGAAGACUGAAGUAAUGCCUUUAGCUUUUCCCAACCCUGGGAUAAAUAACUUUUAAUAAUGUUACUGACCCCAAACUUUUAAACGGUAGUGUGUUUGUGCACGUGUGUGUGUGUGUGUGUGUGUGUGUGUGUGUGUGUGUGUGUGUGUGUGUGUGUGUGUGUGUGUGUGUGUGUGUGUGUGUGUGUGUGUGUGUGUGUGUGUGUGUGAUAUACAUGUAUGUAUGUAUGCAUGUACGUAUGUGUAAAUAUAGUAUAUAUGCAAAUUUUGGUUGCAAUAGAGGAUUUUGUAUGUUAAUGCAAGGCAGGAACAGAUCAUUUCAGACAAAUUUUAAAAGGCUAUUUAAGAACUAGACCUCUUUCUGGAGAAGUUGGAGACAGUGCUGUUAUUUUCUACAUAUUUUGUACAUGUAAAAUAGUCAAUUUGACUGUGAUUACUGUAAAACAUAAGGCUUAAAAUGAAAUAAAAUUGAUAAACUCACAAGGAUCGAAAAUAUGCCAAAUAUGAAAAGACCAAAGACAUGUUAGAAUAUUAAAACACUUGGAAAAUGGUUUAAUGAUGUUUACAACAAAAGAGAACUGUACAGUUACAGUAAAAGAUUAUCUUUAUAUAUAUAUAAAAAACAAACAAAAUACAGCAGACAAAUGCAUCAAAUCUACCAUGUAUCCUGAUUCACAUACUUAUAUUCUACACAAUCAUUCAGUUCUAAGCUACAGCGAUGUAGCCAUUUAGCGUUCAGUCUUGGGUGUAUGUUCGCUUGAUAGCAGGCCACGAGUGGCACUAGAGUUCAGGUCUGUAGUGAUACUCAGAACCCAACCAAUCAUCACUAUUACAACAGUGAGUUACAGCGUUCUGAAGGAGAUAUAGAAGUACAAUCUACA